AUGCUCAAGGUCGUACUCAAAUACUCGACCAAAGAAAUCGGAGCUUACAAGUGGUAUAUUGUAGGUAAUCAAACGUUUUGUGCGGCUACAUUCAUGGUGAAAGCGAUGGCUGAAGAUGAACCAUUGUUUCCAUAUGAUGUUACUGUUCUUGGCGGAGUGGCGUAUAUUGUGCCGGUAAGAUUUGUAGUAUUAUAUUAGGUUGUUCAAAUAGUUAUAUGUCCCCUAUAAAAGCAAAUUUUCGGAAUUAGAGAGCACAGAAUUAUUUGAACAACCUAAUAUAUUAAUUGUAAAGGAAAAACACAAGAGCUAAUCUUCAUUUCGGCUCUUUGUAUAGUCAGAAAUACUACUAAUUCAACUUAAUAUAGCUAACUUCAGCGAGCUUUACAGCUUUCUCCCUUUAAAAUCUAUGUUUUUCUCUAAAAUUCAAAAAUCUGCAUAUAAAUUUUAAAAAAUGUUACCAUUUCAGACUAGCACCACAUUUCUUCGCAUCUUCUACGCUGUGUUCCACAUAUUUUUUGUCAGUCAUUUUUGUUUUGUCACCUUAAUGUUCCUCUUUCGCUUCGCUCAAACCACGAACAAACAGAAGAUGAUCAAAAUAAUGUCAAAUAGAAAACUACUGCUCUAUGUCUACGUUCCUGGCUUUAUCUGUAUCUGCUUCUUAUGCUAUGUUGAUGCUUUAUAUAGUCUACCUGACAUUGAUAUGUAUCUUCAAGUAUUUGGAAACUCAAACCCUAUGAUUGCUGACUAUAUUAAAGGAAAGCCGCUGCUGGUUGAAGUUGUAAGUUUUUAUAUUUAUCAACCUAAUAUUAUCACUAAGGUACUGAUAAUUUCAGUAAAUCAUGUUUGUAAGCUGUAGAACCAAAAAAUUAUUGGAAUACCCCCCCCAGUGAAAACCUUUAAAUCCAAUAUCGAACCACCUUUGCAGAGCACCUGGUACAACAACUACGAAAGGUUCAUCCCCACCCUAAUAGGCUUUUUCAUCUGUUCAUUUUCAACCUACGGCUGUUACAGUUUUCAAAGCCAGCGAAGUAACACUUUUGGUGACCGUACUCGCGCCCUCUACCGUACUCUCAUCAACGCAUUACUAAUCGAAAUGGCAGUAAUAGCCCUUGCUGUCGUUUUGCCAGUCUUUAUCUGUCAAGUCCUGAUUGGAGUCAAAUAUCGACCAAUUGGAACGGCUUUAAUGUGGAGAUGGUUGUCAUUAUACCCAAUAUUCUCCAUGUCUUUCACCAUGACCUAUAUCGGAUGUUACAGAAGGGGCUUUCGGCAAAUGAUGCUGAAGAGUAUCUUUGGAAUGGAGGAGAAGAAUGGCGUUAUUGUGCAACAGAAACCUUCGACUUACGUCUCAGCCGCUAAUUCUGCUCCUUCUUGA